CUCCUCCCAAACGAGGCCUUACUGACCUUCUGGUAUCUUCCCCUCUCUUUCCCUCAUUGGCAAGCGGGCCGGUGGACUGUAAUUUCCUAAAUCCGUGAAUUCACAUUUCAAUUUUUGUAGCUUUUCGGUCACUGCUUCAAUUUCCAUUUUAUUCUUCCCUAAUUUCAUCAUUAUAUUCCUCUCUGCCUGAGCCUGUGUGUUAUUCUUCAAGAAUCAAAACCAAUUUGAUUGAUUAUAUUUCCGAUGGCUUUUAUGGACACAGAAAACGCUUCCUCCUCCUCUUCUUCUUCUUCUUCUACGCCCGGAUGGAAAUACGACGUCUUUCUCAGUUUCAGAGGCACCGACACCCGCAAAAACUUCACAGACCAUCUAUACGCGGCGUUGAGUCAGAAAGGCAUAUUCACAUUCAGGGACGAUGAAAAGCUUGAGCGAGGAACGUUCAUUGCCCCUGAGCUCUUGUCAGCAAUUGAAGACUCGAGAUUUGCUGUUGUGAUUCUCUCCAGAGACUACGCUUCGUCGAGUUGGUGCUUGAUUGAGCUAGCGAAGAUAGUUGAGUGCAUGGAAAAGAAGGGGCUCAUAGUCCUGCCAGUUUUCCACUACGUGGAUCCUAGUGAUGUGCGCAAUCAGAGAGGGGCUUUUGCUGAAGCGUUUGUUAAACACCAAGAGCGUUUCAAAGAUAAGAUAGAGGAUGUGUAUACGUGGAGAGCUGCUUUGACACAAGUUGCUAGUAUUGCUGGAUGGGAUUUACACGAUAAACAUGAGGCAAAAGUUAUUGAAGAGAUGGUCAGAAAAAUACUUGGUAAAUUGAAUUCUACAUACUCUGUUGUUCACAAGGAUCUUGUUGGAAUAAACUCUCGUAUGGAGGAAAUGGUGAACUUAUUAGCCAUAGGGUUGAAUGAUGUUCGCUUUGUAGGAAUUUGUGGUAUGGGUGGAAUGGGCAAAACUACUCUAGCACGACUCAUUUAUAACAAACUUCAUUAUUGUUUUGAAGGUAGCAGCUUUAUUGCAAAUGUUAGAGAGGAAAGUAAAAAACAUGGUCUAGUUCCUUUACAGAAACGACUUCUUGCUGAUAUCUUCCUUGAAAAGAAUAUUGAUUUUCUAGAUGUUCAAUGGGGAAUCAAUAUGAUAGGGAAAAGAUUAUGUCAUAAAAGGGUUCUUGUCAUUCUUGAUGAUGUGGAUCAACUUGAUCAAUUAGAAGCAUUAGUAGGUGAGCGAAAUUGGUUUGGUCAAGGAAGCAGAAUCAUUAUAACAACUAGAUAUCAACAUCUAUUGAUAAGGCAUGAAGUGGUUAGAGUUGAAAUAUACAAGGCUAGGAAACUGAAUGACGAUGAAGCUCUACAUUUCUUUAGUUUGAAAGCCUUUAAGAAGGAUUAUCCAUUAGAAGGUUAUGAGGACUUAUCCCAGAAGGUUAUUUGUUAUGCUCAAGGCCUUCCUUUGGCUCUUGAAGUUUUAGGUCGAUUCCUAUUUCGUAGAAGUGUAGAUGAAUGGGAAAGUGCACUAUGUAGGCUAAAAGAAAGUCCUGAAAGACAAAUUUCGGAUGUUCUUAAAAUAACUUUUGAUGGCUUGAGGGAAAGAGAGAAAAACAUAUUUUUAGACAUUGCUUGUUUCUUUAAGGGAAUGGAAGAAGAUCAUGUUGUAAAUAUAUUACAAGCUCUCUAUGACAAGCCAAAAAUUGAUAUAGUUGUUCUUCUGGAAAAGUCUCUCAUAACUAUCUCAUUUGGAAAAUUUUGGAUGCAUGAUUUGCUACAAGAAUUGGGUAAGGAAAUUGUUCGCUGUGAAUCCCCUGAAGAGCCUGGCCGACGUAGUAGGUUGUGGCUUACAGAGGAUGUCAUUCAUGUAUUGAAAUGUAAUACGGGAAAAGAAGUAGUUAAAAGCAUAUUUCUUGACUCACCUCCAAGAAAAGAGGAACGCUUGAAUGCUGAAGCCUUCUCAAAGAUGAAAAACUUGAGAUUACUUAAAAUCAGUAAUGUGCACUUUCCUCAAGGGCUCAAGUAUCUUUCUAGCGAGUUACGUUUUAUUCACUGGGAUGGAUAUCCUUUAGAAUCCAUGCCAACAAGUUUUGAGCCAGAAAAACUUGUUGAACUCAUUAUGCCUUGCAGCCUUGUCAAAGGAUUAUGGAAAGGAAUCAAGAGUUUAGAGAGGUUAAAACUCAUUGACCUUCGUGACUCUUGGAACUUGAUUGAGACUCCGGACUUCACUGAAGUCCCAAAUCUUGAGCAGUUGAUUCUUCAACAUUGUACAAGAUUGUCAAAGAUUCAUGAAUCCCUUGGAGAACUCAAACGGCUUAUUCUAUUAGAUUUGAAUGGUUGUAAAUGUCUUAAAAGCCUUCCACACAAGAUUAGCCUGGAGUCACUUAAAGUUUUUAUUCUUUCUGGCUGUUCAAGACUAAAAACGUUUCCGGAGAUUGUGGGAAAUAUGUCAUGUUUGUUGGAACUUUAUUUGGAUGGAACUGCUAUAGAAGAACUUCCAUUAUCAGUUGAGUGUUUAACCGGCCUUAUUAAAUUGGAUCUAAGUGGAAGUGCUAUAAGAGAAUGGUCCCGCACUUUUCCCUCCAACAAUCUUAAAAUACUUUCUCUCUCUGGAUGUGAAGCACUAUUAUCUAAAUCAUCGAAUAGGUUUUUCAACUUUCCUCUAAUGCCAAGAAGAAGUACUUGUCCCAUGGGCAUGUUACAGCGUUCUUUAUCAGGCUUAUGCUCUUUGACCCAGCUGGAUCUAAGUUAUUGCAAUCUUCAAGCAAUCCCCGAUGUUCUUGGUUGCCUAUCCUCUUUAACAGAAUUAUAUCUAAUGGGAAAUAAUUUUGUUGGUCUUCCUAAAAGUAUCAUUCGACUAUCUAAUCUAGAAUUUCUUUUUUUGAGUGGUUGCACAUUUCUUCGAUCAUUGCCAGAGCUUCCAAUUAAUAUUGGUUAUAUUCUAGCAGAAGGUUGUACAUCAUUAGAAACAUUACCAUUAAGACCAGAAGAUUCUUUUAAGCCAUAUCUCUCUCUUUUCAAUUGUGUAAAAUUGAUUGACAAUCAAGGCUACGACGACAUGUUGUUAACAAUGCUAAGACAUUACUUUCAGGGCAACUUUAAAGAGACAUCUGGAUAUGAUAUGAUCAUUCCUGGAAGUAAAAUCCCAAAAUGGUUUAGUUAUCAUAGUGAGGGGGCUUCACUGAAUUUGCAAGUGCCUUCGUUAUUAUGUAAUAAAUUGAUGGGGAUCGUUCUGUGUGUUGUUUUUGCACUCCGUGAGCAUCAUCCACUUGACCUAAUUGAUUCGGCAAAUUGGGGGUUUCUUAGAAUUACGCAUCAGCUUACCUGUUCCUUUAAAGUCAAUGGAUAUGACAAACCCAAUAAAAAAGAGUAUUGUUUUUCCGAACAAUAUGGUAAGAUUGAAUCGAAUCACCUUUGGGUGAGUUAUGUUCCCCCCCCAUACUUCAAUCAGGUGGAGGAAUUAAGUCAAAUUGACGCCAAGGUGGAGGAAUUAAGUCAAAUUGAUGCCAAUGGAUUCAAUAAGAUUGAGUUUGAAUUUGAAACCUUCGGUCCAGGAUUGGAGAUUAAGAAAUGUGGGGUCCAUUUGGUAUUCAAGGAAAAUAUUGAAGAUUGCAACCAAACUAUGGCUCAGUGCAGCAAUAGCAACAUCACUCCUUAUGAGGAUGAAUUUGAUGAUUCAGCAAAAGAUUCAAAAAAUAAGCGUAGGCGUAGCCAUGAUGACUAUGAUGGGGCUAGACCUAGUGAAGAAGGUAGCUUUAAUGACCUACUGCACCCAAAGAGAAUACGGCUCCCUAAUAUCAUUGAAAGAUUUGUGCCACGUUUGGGAAAUUUGAUUGGGAAUUUAAGCACACAAGAUGACUCUGACGAUGAGAAAUCCCAGUAAAAAUGGUAGCUUUGAUGAAUUCAAAAGGCAAAUAAACUUCCUCCUCUAAAAUUUUUGUAAGCCACCACCUUGCCUUCUUUCACAGACCUUGGUAGUUGCAUAUUUCUUUCUUUUUUUUAUUGAUUGGGCAUAUGCUUGCAUUUAUUUUUAUAUUUCACUUGCAAUUUUGCCAUGCAUGUGGCAUUCUCUUUAAUUUUUUCUGAGCCUAGCUGUUACGACAAGUGAAGGCCAAAAAUUGGUAGAAUGUGUAUCUUCAAACUGUAGGACAUGCUCUUCUUGUUAGUAUUAUGUAUAAAACCUUUUCUAGAUUUGAUUUUUUACAGGUUCUGGGGAGAGUUGAGGCAAUGCAUGAGUCAGUUUGGUGAACUAGAAAAUGCAAUGGUGAAUUGGUGAUGAAGCUUGGUGACUAACUGGUUUCUGCUAUGGUUGUGGGAUCGCACAAGAAGAUGUUCUUGUGGAUUUAGCUUUCACAUUUUAACUCUUCAGAAGAUUCCUAGGUAUUGAGCUUCUAGAAAGUUAAUUUAAUCAAGGUAAGUAGAGCAACUGGACAUUCUAUUAUCUGAUAUUCAUGCUGUCAGAAAAUACUUGUAGCACAGCAUACCCAUAAUGGGAGGACACUUAGGUUCAAGUUGCUACCCCAAAUGCAAGUUCUGUUCCUAGCUUAAAAGAAUUCUUCUCCUUACAUGGAUCACCCUCUUGAUGGUACCUUCUGUAUUUGGAUGAUUGGGCAUGUUGAUAUUUAUAGAUGAUGGAUCUUUUAUCUGUCUUGCCUCAAUCAGCAAAAUGAGAUUCAUUGUAUUUUUCUAAGUUUCAUCCUUUGGGAUCCAAACAAAUAUUGCAUGUUUCUUUGAGUUCUUUUAAAGUUGAUAUGGGCAUGUAGAGAGAAUACUUAGAUAUAUGACCGUCAAUUCUAAUGAGUUGGUGCACAUUUAAAGUAGUUUGAUGUUUGUCAAUUAUCAUCCAUUAAUUCCAUGACACGGAAGUAUGAAUUGAUCUUGUCAAA